AUGAACCAAAACCUCAACCAGAUCUCGCGUCAGAUGCCCUUCGGGCACACAGACUAUGUGCCACCAGAUGAGACGCGCAACUUCAAGGCCUUGAUCCCCCUCGCUGAUGAAAUUAAGGAUCGACUCGACACAAAACCCAGUAUCGUGUUGAAAGUUGACUCCGAACAAUAUCCUCCAGAGUUAGUGACCCGAUAUGAGACCGAGAUAAGGGAGAACCCCCUGCCCGCACUCGAUUACCACAAGUUGCUCUGGGGCAGGCGCACGUCGAAGUACCUUGAACUCAGCUCUGUGUACAACGGCUCCCUUAGCCCCUUCAGCAAUCCCAACAAGCAGCGCCGAUCUCUAGGCACAGUGCAGCCUCGCCGCGAGAGCCAGGAGCUCAACCUCCCUGGGUUGGAGUCCCACUAUCGAGGCAAAGCUGCAAAGCCCUUCCAGGUUGACCAAACCGCCUGUCAUCUAUUUGACCAGCCCAUUACGCUAUCCCAUGCCAAGAAAUUGAAACUACGACUGGGGAACGAGACGGUGACGCUCAAUGAUCCCGUCUUCAUGGGGUCGCUUUGCAAUCAAAUUCGCAAAGAGAUAGAAAACAACGAAGAGGAGCUGUCAAGGCGUCGUGAGGCAGAGGAGGUGAUGAGAUCUGCGGCCGCGAAGAAGAAGAGUCGAUAUGCUGUGGACGAGUACUUCGAGGCGAUGCACCUGCCGGAUUUGUGUGAUCAGAAGCCUUGGCUAUGGACGUGCAGGAAAAACAAUCGUAUUACAGCCGAAUGUGAACCAGAGUAG